GGGAAGCAGAUGGAGCACGUCUGAACACACUCAUUUCUUUUUCCAUCAUAUCACGCUUGGACGUGUCUCAUCAUGUGAGGACAGCGGUUGUUUGUGCGGGACAUGGAUGACCUGGGUGGCUCCUGGUCGUUGUCUCUGCAGGCGGCAGCAGCGGUCAGCGUGAACGGGACAGAGGGCGGAGGGCCCGCUGUGUCCGGGCGGGCCCAGCUGCUCCUGGAGAUACUCAUGGUGCUGAUGUGUUUGGGCGCUGUGACAGGUAAUAUUCUUGUCAUUGUUAUUGUGGCUGCCAACAAGACUUUCCACUCCGUGACGUCAGUGCUGAUCAUGAACCUGGCCAUCAGUGACCUCCUGGUUGGUGUUGGAGUGAUGCCUUUUGUUGCUUUGUCAAUCCUGAACCGUGGAUGGGUGGAUUGUACUGACCUCUGUUCAUACGUGGGUUACACCUCCUCUGUGUACUGUACAGCUUCUGUGUUGACAUUAGCUGCUAUUGCCCUCGACCGCUAUCACUCCAUCAUGGACUGCCUGCGCUACAGCUCCCGCUGCACCCUGUGGAGGACCUGUGCUGUGGUCCUGUGGAUCUGGCUGCAGGCUUUGGCGACCAGUUGCCCUCCCCUGCUAGGAUGGGGCAAUGUCAACUAUGUGGUUCCCAUGUACAGCUGUGCAGUCAACUGGGCCAGCAGUCCCAGCUACACAGCUUUCAUGGCUGCCCUCUCCUACCUCAUACCAGCAGUGGUCAUCCUCUUCUGCUAUGUGAACAUCGUCAAGGUAGCCCGAAGCCAUGCCAGGAGGAUCCAUACACUGGAAGACUCUGUGCAACGCAGCAGGAAUCCAAACUCUCAAGCUUUUUCUCCUGGUGAUUCAUCUCACCAGCACUGUGGGAGUCUCCAUGGCCCCUCAAAACUGAUCUAUCAUGUAAGUGGACAGUUUGUGUCUGAGGGGAGUUAUAUCGGCCCUGCUCUCCCUGAUUCUACUACAGAGCAGAAUAACCCUACAUCCAGACGUUUGUUCUCCUUCCUGGCUCAGAGUGCCUCCCAGCCACAGCUGCAAAACACUCAGCAGCACCAUAACCACCAUGGAGUGGUGCGUCUCUUCUUGGUCAUCUCAGCCUUCUUCCUCUGCUGGACACCUUACAUAGGUGUGGCCCUAGUUCAGGCCACAGAAACUGCAAUCUUAGGCCAAUCCAGCCUCGUCCCACCCUCUGCUGUUACCUUUUCAUACUGGCUGGUGUUGCUGAACUCUGACAUCAAUCCGCUACUGUAUGCUCUGCUUAGCAAGCGUUUUCAGGGUGCUCUUCAGGGACUGAGACAAAAACUAAGAGCACGCCUGGGGAGUGUGGUGGCCAGGGGAGAGGAGGUCAGAACAGAGGGAGAGGGAGAGGACGGCAGGAGCAGCGACCCCUGCACUCUGACCAACACCCAUCCUGGCCCACCUUCCAUCUCUGAGACUACAACCUGUGAUGACGCCAUGUAUUCCUCCUCCAUUUUCACUGUUAGCACUGACUUCAAACAUAAUUCAGAGGAGCAUCUAUGCAAAGUGUGUCACCGUGACAAUAGCUCCCCGUCCUGCUCUGUGUGGCAAGAAACCACUGGUGCGGAUAGGAGGGUGGACUGCCUGCGUGUCCCCUCUCGACCACAAGAGGUCAGCAGACUACCUUCUUCUGCUCUCACCAAGGAGCGUCAAGCCACUUUCUUCUAUGGCCAGAUAACAGUGACAGUAGAGCAUGAUGUUUGUUAG